AAGCGAUGCGGCAUCAGGCAGGACUCGACCUGUCCGGGACCACUCGACCACUCGACCUGUCCGGGACAAACUGCAGCUGAAACUAUGGACCUCUUCUCUCUGGUGUCAGUGGCUUUGUUGUUGGCUGCACCCGUCCGGCCCCAGUCGAUGCACCCUUCUCGCGUCAACGACUACGUGGACGAGAUCCUGCAGGAUAAGCUUCCCGAUGAGGUGCGCAGCCAGAUCCGUCUGCCGGCCUUCACUCGGGACGUGAGCCACGACUCGCACUACGGUUCGGUGCUGUUCCAGUCGACUAACGUCAGCAAGCACGAACGCAUGAAGCGCUGGGUCGACUGCAACGGCUCCGUCGCGGAAUUCCCCGAGAGAGUCGUCAUCUCGUGCGACGUGAGGUUCCCGGGUAUUCUGGUGCACAUAGAUAGUCUGCUGACGUACGACAGCAACGACUCCUACCGGGUAGCAGCUCGCAUCUUCUACCCGCUCAGCACUCGACUCGUUCUACAGUUUGCGCCCUGGGAGAACCCCUCGGCCAACCUGACUCGGCUGAGCGGCUUCGAGAAGCUGGAGGCCCGUUUCUGGGGGCUCGACAGGAGCGACCCCAAGAACCAGAAGCUCGCCUGGGGAUACGAGAAGGUCGCCAAAGACAUCGUCCAGCAGGUGGUCGCCGAACAAGUGGCACCGGCGCUGGGCAGAGCAGCCGCCAAGUACCGCUUUCCAUGCUGUCCAGACAGACCGUAGCUGGGACCGAGCGUGCAAUGCAUGGCGAUGCACACGCCGAAUCGAUUCUGUCUUCCCAAAGUGCUACUCUUUGAGACUCCAACGUCACUAGAAGUAGACACGGAGGAGCUUAGAACUUUCUCUACCACUCCCGUUGAGCAUCGAUCAUCGGCGAUCAACGAGAGUGAAGGUCCAUAUUAAGGUUGCAGCGGAGUGGCUGAGCUUUCUUCCGCCAUGUAGUGGGGUGCAGGUUGCGCUAGAGCUUUUAUUUUAGGCAGCUUUUCCUUGACAGAACGGGGAACGUUUUAGCGUAUUUUGAUAUUUUCUUCGCCCUUUACUUGUUUCGGUUGUUCGCCCUGUCUGGGCAAGUGUUUGCGAAGAUGUUUUGUUACAGAAAAUAAAUUUGGCUUUGGUAAUAAAAGUUAUUCUGAAGAAUA